AUGGACACUCCCGAAAUCAGAACCCUACAUCCGAGAGAUGUGCUUCGCCAGCUUGCUGACUCGAUGAAUUGCAAACACAACAAACUUUCUGUCACUCUCCCCGUGCACACCACCUGGAGGUCUGCUAUCCAAGCUGUCGAAGCAGCCCUCGGCGAUGUUGAUGAGGACUUUCUUUUAAUGCCCCGGGGAACUGGCAACCGCCGAGCAAUUCGGGAGAUGGCGCUACAGGCAGCAUCGGAAUUGCGCUCGGAGCAGGCAGCGUCGGGAUUGCGCUCGGCAAAUGUCUUAGGUCUCCCCAUUCGAACAAGUGUUGAUCUAGGGACGGUGGAACCCCGCCCGCCUCGGAAUGAAGCGACUCGCGAGCGUCUCCGUAAGAUUGCUAAAGAGGCGGCUGCUGACACGGGAUUCCCAGAUCCGUACGUGUCACUCUGGCCAACACUACAAGAUAAAUGCCUCCCUAUCAUUCGCGGAAACCUUACUUUACGAGCGUUGGAUGGCAACGCGUUCGACCCUGUCUGUGAGCUUAAAGAGAUGGAAAUGAUAUUCGACACGGGCGCCCAUCGGACUAUUAUCGCCGAAGAACUUCUCCCUGCUGCUUUCCGAGAACACCUAAAGGAUCCAGUUCACGACUUAUAUCGAUCGAACGAUUGCCUAUCUGUGCAAGUUGAUGCAGGCAUAGCUUUGACAAAUUGCCCUGCUGUCCUUGAAGCUAUUGCCCUUAUCGUGCCGAGAGCCAAGAUGCCGAACCAGUUACUUGGAAUAUUGUUUGGACAAAUCACAUGCAUUGAUCGCCUUAGCCUCCAGGCGAUUCCUCGGCGGAUACUCCUUGCAAAGAAAGAAAAUAUCUCAGAAGAAUUCUGGGGAGAUAUUGUGUUAGAUGCGUAUCUUGAUUUCCAAGACGAAGUUGUUUCCCUCUAA